AUGCUCGACUCGGCUUUUGAGUCCGGCCAGACCAAUCACCCCGUGACCAUGGGUGAGAAAAUGGAUGUGUAUCCAUACCACGACGUCGAUUUGGAAGAAUUGAGCACACCUGAGUUUGCCAAGAUGAAUUUCGUUUUCCAGGAGCUGCAUAAACCAACGUCACAGGCUCAUAGCCACAUGUCUUCUCACGUCAAGCUCUCGCGGCUGCAUCUGCGGCCAUUGAGAUCAAGAUGUGGCGCGCAAGCAGCCCGGCAGCCGAGACGCUCGCACCAUAACUUCAACCACUUCGUGCGGCCAGAUCCCUCCAAUGCAGCGACAGCUACACCUGCAAUAACUCUUGACGCCGCGACCAAGUUCAAGCUAGCGGUGAAAGACAAUAUCGCGACCUCAGGGCUGCCGACAACAUGCUCCUCCGCCAUCCUCUCCUCCCACAAAAGCCCUUACGAGGCCACCAUCGUGCGCCAGCUCCGAGAACGAGGCGCCCGAGUCAUUGGAAAGACAAAUAUGGAUGAAUUCGGCAUGGGUUCCCAUUCGCUGAACUCGGUCCACGGUCCUGUGCUCAAUCCGCUAUCCUCGACGCCCACCUCUGCUGGCGGGAGUUCAGGAGGCAGCGCGGUUGCGGUUCAGACUGGUGAAGCGGACGUCGCGCUGGGGACGGAUACGGGCGGAUCAAUCCGCCUUCCUGCUGCAUACUGCGGUGUAGUGGGAUACAAGCCUUCUUACGGCAUGCUUUCGAGAUUUGGAGUCGUUCCCUAUGCGAAUUCCUUGGACACUGUUGGUCUGCUGGCUAGGGAGGUUGGUGUCAUUGAGGAUCUGGUGUUCAGUACCGGAUUGGACGUGGAGCACGAUGCUCAGGACCCGACCUCCCUGUCGAAGAGCUUUCGAAGAAAGCAUCAGAGUCGAGGGGUAGCUGGCCAGUCACGACUUAGAAUCGGCAUACCUCUGGAAUACAACAUCGAGGAGCUGGACCCGAAGAUCAAGGCUGCCUGGUCUGACGCAGCAGAUCUUCUGCAGACAUCCGGCAUUGAGGUGGUCCCAGUGUCGUUACCGUCCACGAAGCAUGCCCUAUCAGCAUACUACGUCAUCGCGCCUGCGGAAGCGGCUUCAAAUCUCGCCAAAUACGACGGCGUCCGUUACGGUACCCGGGGAGACGAGAGCGAUGGCGCGGGCGAGGUCCUCUACUCCAAGACCCGUGGCCUUGGCUUCGGCGACGAAGUCAAACGCCGUAUCCUCCUCGGUUCUUACAGCUUGAGCUCCGAGGCGAUGGAUAACUACUUCAUCCAAGCGCAGCGAGUGCGCAAGCUUGUCCAGCGAGACUUUGACCGAGUCUUCAGGCUCGAGAAUCCUCUCUAUGACGAACAACAGUUCGAUUUGAGCGAUAUGAAGGAUGAGAUUGAGCUUCAGGACAAACUCGGCCCAUCGCAGGUGGACUUUUUGCUUUGUCCCACUGCUCCGACGUUCCCGCCGCGAAUCGAGGAUAUCAAGCGCCAGACGCCGGUGCAGGUGUACAUGAACGAUGUCUUUACGGUCCCGGCCAGUCUGGCUGGGCUUCCAGCCAUCAGUAUUCCCAUCAAGAUCAAGUCACAAGAUGGGCAGGCGGACGAUAGCUGGAGUGUGGCGGGUCUCCAGUUGAUCGGCCAGUAUUGGGACGAUAAACGGUUGCUCGGCGUGGCCAAUAACCUCUUCCGUCAACUGUCUGCUUGA